AUGAUAGCCGAACUCCUGGAGUUCGUCCUCAGAUCCACAUAUUUUCUGUACAGAGGCUCUUUCUAUGAGCAAACAGAAGGAGCAGCAAUGGGUAGCCCAGUCUCAGCGGUUGUGGCUAACCUAUAUAUGGAAGGUUUUGAACAGAACGCUUUGCCCAAGUGUCCUUCCACAUGCCACCCUCGGGUGUGGAAGAGAUACGUCGAUGACACUUUCAUAAUCGUAAACAGAUCCGAAACAGACAGCCUACUCUCAUACAUGAAUAGCCAGCAACCGUCCAUCCAGUUCACUCUGGAGACUGAGCAAGGAGGGAAAUUAGCAUUCCUUGACACGCUAGUCCAAAGACACGAGGGCGGGAAACUCUCCACCUCUGUCUACCGCAAGCCCACUCAUACAGACCAAUACAUACCAUAUGAUUCUCAUCACGACAAAUCGGUCAAGAAGGGUCUUGUUAAAUGCCUGUUCGACAGAGCAGCACGUAUCAUAACUCACCCACCUGAACUCCCGAAAGAAAGAGCACACAUACGUGGCGCCUUGUACAGCAACGGCUACCCACGCCGUUUUAUCAAGAACACUUUCAAGAAAAAACAACCACCAAGGGAUCAGAAGGUUUUCAAGACUUGCACAGUCUUGCCAUACAUAGAUGGCCUCUCACAACAACUUAAACGCCGAUUAGAAGGUCACGGUAUCCGAACGGUUUUCCGCUCGGACACCACCUUACACAAACAGCUUGUACACCCCAAAGACCCUAUCCCUGAUCACAGACGUGAUGGCGUAGUAUACAACAUUCCUUGCCAGGGAUGUGACGGGUCUUACAUCGGAGAAACAGCCCGACCGAUAGUUGAACGCAUUUCUGAACACAAGCACGAUGUUCGGUUACAGCGAACCGACACAUCCGCGGUGGCAAAACAUGCUUGGGAGUAG